CUGCAUUUUUAGGCACGACCGGAGACAGUUUAGCAGAGACGGCUCACUUGUAUUAAAAUGAACAGGAGAACGAAUGUAGCAAAGGAAGUCCCGCCUCACCUUUUACAUACAGAUGUCGCCUGUCAAUUAACUCGAUAACGCGCAUGCGUAAGAGCUGAACCAGCCUGAAAAAUUGCAUUUUUAGCGUGAUCUGAGCUGAAGAAGCACAAUUUAUGGAACUACUGUUGUUAUAUUUUACUGAUGACAUUUUAAAUAUUUUCUUCGUAAUCUUGGCCAAAAGCUUUGGAGAUUUUGAUCUUUCCCCAUUCAAGCAGACUUGUACUUUUAUGCCUCUUGUUUAUGCCUGCCCGGGAGUGUUGCAAAGAUGGCCGCCGAGUGGACUGACUUGCCUUUUUAUAGCUACUUUGGCCUGACCCCCUGGGUUCUUUAGAUUGUUCAAGAGCAUCUUAGCUUGUCAUAUUUGUGCAAAAGUUCCGUCGUUGACAAUCCUGUCGAUAUAAUUUGCAGUUAUAAUUGUUUACAUUUUACUAUUAACAUAAAAAGAUGCAGUUGACAUAAAAAAAUAUAUAACCCAUCUUCUGGCCGUCACCAUAAAUCAAAUUUGAUUAUCACUAAAGUGAAAAGCGUUCAUGCCUCUUCAGUGUAUUCAAGCGCGUCCUUUCCACUCAUAUUUGCGCAAAGCUAUAAUUGUACAUGAUCUGUAUCAUUUCUUUGCAUCUGCUUCGAUUAUUGCACCUGCAUGCGUCUUUAUCACGUAGUGUUAACUGAAAUAACUGAUUGUUGAAAUGUGUUGCUGAAAUAAAGCGGUGGGAUUUUCAGGUUAAACACGUGGGAAUCUGUGUGUGUGUGUGUGAGAGAGAGAGAGAGAGAGAGAGAAUCUCGUGUGUGCUAGUUAGCCAACAAUCAAGAGGAAACAUAUCCUACAAGAGAAGAUAGAAAAUGCCACCUAAAGGAAAGGGUGGCAAAGGCGCUAAAUGAGGGGCUGCUGCCUCAGGCAGUGGGGACAGUGAUAAGAAGGAGAAGGCUCAGAAAGGAGGUACAGCAGUAAAGGUUCGGCAUAUUCUCUGUGAAAAGCAUGGCAAGUGUAUGGAGGCAAUGGAGAAACUCAAGGCUGGCAUGCGCUUCAGUGAGGUUGCAACACAAUACAGUGAGGACAAAGCCAGACAAGGAGGUGACCUUGGCUGGAUGACAAGAGGAUCAAUGGUGGGACCAUUUCAGGAUGCAGCGUUUGCAUUACCUGUCAGCACUAUGGACAAACCUGUAUACACGGAUCCUCCUGUGAAAACAAAGUUUGGCUACCAUAUCAUUAUGGUUGAAGGCAAAAAGUGAUCUCUCUUAAAUGGACUAAACAGCUUGAUGUUGUGUUACAAUGCCAUUUGAAUAAACCCUACCACAACACAGUGCAUAUUGCAUUUUCAAUAUAGUCUGCAGUCCUGGAAGUUCUCAGAACUUUUUUUUUAUCAUCUUGUAAAUAUCAGCCAAUAAAAUUUCUCUCUCUUUGGUGAA